AUGACCUCCACCGCUCCUGCCAAUGCCAAUGAUUCAUGUGUGGGUCCACAAUCCGAAGAAGCAGGAAAGGCUGAAGGAUGCGCUGGAUGUCCAAAUCAGAGUUUAUGUGCAUCAGGUGCCGCACGCCAACCGGAUCCAGCAGUCUCAGACGUAAAGCAGCGACUUGCUAAUGUCAAGCAUAAAGUAUUGGUAUUAUCAGGCAAAGGCGGUGUAGGAAAGAGCACAAUCGCGUGUCAAUUGGCCUUUGCAUUGGCUGGUAAAGGGUUUCAGGUAGGACUAUUGGACGUUGAUAUUACAGGUCCAAGUGUGCCACGAAUGCUUGGAUUACUAGGUCAAGAAGUACAUCAGAGCGCAGCUGGGUGGUCACCCGUCUACGUCGAUGACAAUCUUGGUGUCAUGUCGAUUGGCUUUAUGCUGCCUAAUGCUGAUGAUGCAAUCAUUUGGCGUGGACCUAAGAAGAGCGGCAUUAUUAAACAGUUUCUUGUGGACGUCCAGUGGGGAGAGCUUGAUUACCUUAUUAUUGAUACACCGCCUGGUACAUCGGAUGAGCACAUAAGUAUUGUCCAGUACAUGAAAGAGGCUGACUUAGAUGGUGCUGUGGUGAUCACGACUCCCCAGGAAGUGGCACUCAGUGAUGUCCGAAAGGAGCUUAACUUUUGUCGCAAGACUAAUAUUAAUGUGCUAGGCGUUGUUGAGAAUAUGAGCAGUAUACAACAGCUACUGAGUGACGUCAAAUUUGUAAGUGGUGACGGCAUUGACCAGACAGAGAUGUUUAUCAAGCUGCUGCAAGAGAAGGCGCCAGAGCUGCUACAGCACUCGGUGCAAAUGGAGGUAUUUCCUGCGUCCAACGGAGGUGGUGAGGCAAUGGCCAACAAGUUCAAUGUUCCCUUUCUCGGACGUCUACCGCUUGACAACAAGAUGACAGACGCAUGCGAAGAGGGUGUGUCGUUUCUUGACGAGUACCCUGAUUCCGUCGCGGCUACGGCGUUUAAUAAAAUUGUGCAAGACAUCGUUGCAUCUAUCGAAAAGUAG